AUGUCGGAGAGCCAUUUCUGGCUGAGCGAGGCGCAGUUUGCGCGCCUUCAGCCGCUGCUGCCGAACAAGCCGCGCGGUGUGCCGCGGGUGGACGACCGGCGUGUGAUUAGCGGGAUCGUCCACGUCCUCAGGACGGGGUGCCGAUGGGCCGACGCACCGGCGGUCUACGGCCCGCGCAAGACGCUGUACAACCGCUAUGUCCGCUGGGCCAAGGCCGGCGUCUGGGCCGAGGUGUUCCGCGCCUUGGCCGACAGCGGCGGUCCACCGGCCGAGCUGCUGCUCGACAGCCGCUCGCGCGGCGGCCGGACCACCAAGAUCCACGUUGCGACAGACGAACUGGGGCGGCCGCGCGCCGUGAUCCUCACGCCAGGCCAGCGCGGCGACAGCCCUGUGGCGCUCGCGCUCGUUGGCGCUCUGCCGCCACCGCGCAGACUGAUCGCCGACGCCGCCUACGACAGCGACGGCCUGCGCCGGUUCCUGAGCGAGCGCGGCACCGAACCGGUCGUGCCGAACAACCCGACGCGCAAGCGAAAACACGCCUUCGAUGCCGCCGCCUACCGGGCACGCAACGCGAUCGAACGCACCUUCUGCAGGCUCAAGGACUGGCGACGCAUCGCCACGCGCUACGACCGCCUGGCCGCAACGUUCGAAGCCGCCGUCCUCAUCGGCGCAAUCGUCUGCUAUUGGUUAUGA